GAUCCUGUCUAAACCAGAGGACAUGCGCUUUGGAGGAGAAAGGGAAGUGCUGCUCGAUGUCCCAGCUAGAUAGAUGUUUACUGUUGUCUCCAUAAUCACUUAAUCAUGAUGCAAAAUUGAUCUUCUGAACGUCUGUUUUAGAGUGACAAAAAACAACAACCGGAGGAGUCGUUUUCUUUCCCAGUUUAGACUGUGAUCAAUUUUUGAACACUUUGCUGCAUUUGGAGCUUUUGGUGUUCAACGAUUAAGAAGUGUUAAUAUUGGACUUUUUUUUUUUUUUGCCUGUCCCCGCCGCCAACCUGAAGUUCAUCGUUGUUAUUUUGGCCGCCGGGAUGGUGGCCUUCAUCGGAGCGGUUAUCUGCAUCAUCGCCGCGGUUCACACCGGAUCCUCCAAGUCUGCUGCUGGUCAGCGACAGCCCGCUGCCGAUAACCACUCUCUGUAUCCGGACGCCGCUGCGCAGACCCCCGCUGCCGCAGGGGGCUCUAUGGCCCGACCUGGAUCUCUGGGAGCUCUCCAUGGUUCUGAAACCCCCGAUUCCGAAAAGCCCACCUUUAACGUUGGCCUCGGUGGCCUGGACGGGGUCAGCGGACUCACGGGACACGACCCCACGGUCAGCCGACUCAUCUGCACUCCGGUCCCCGCCGGAGGGUGUAACACCAGGAACUUUCAACAACAAGCGGAUGAUCCAUCGCUGUACGCCGGGGAAGACUGGGGAUACCUCCGGACUACGGCGGAGGAGCUCCGUCAAACCGUUCUGCAGCAGAAGGACCAGAUUUUAACUGACCAGAGGACCAUCACGGAGCUGACAGGAAAGCUGUCUGAGUGCGAGAAGGGGCUCGGAGGCAGGAGCAUCCUGGAGAGACGCGGGAACCCCUCCGCGCUGAGAGGCGAGCUGCACUUGGAGCGGAUGAUGGUUCGGGACAGCCCGGACUCAGCACCAGAAGGGGUCCAUCUGCUCACGGUUGGGACCGUGGAUGAGCUUGAACAAGCCAUUAUUCAACUCAAAGACCGUAUAGAUAAACUGGAGACAGACAUUGGUCCGUUUUCUCACAACCGCACAGACAGCAAAUCCUCAGAAGCAACAGAGGAAGAUGGCCCAGGGAGGUCAGCUGAACUGGGGCGCAGCGUCGGCUGGGAGAUGGAUGACUUGGAAGGAGAGCUGGAGAGGAAGGUGGAGCUUCUGGGGAAGGAGAGAAAAGCCCUGAGGCAGGAAGCAGAGAAACACAGACAAGAAAUCGACCACAGCAUCAGUAAACUGCAACACAAAAUGUUAGGACUGGAGGAAGGUGUUGCUGGGCAUUCCUUCCCCGAAGGCUUUAGGCUGUCCUUCCCAGCUCGGACCAACUACAUGGUUGCUCUUAUGAGACACUCCAUCCCGAAACUACGGUCCUUGACCGCCUGCCUGUGGCUGCGGCCGGCGGGCGCGGGAAUCGGGACCCCUCUGUCUUAUGCUGUCCCCGAGCAACCCAAUGAGUUGGUGCUGCUUCAAGGCCUGCACACUCCAACUGAGCUCCUCAUCAAUGACAAGGUGGCGAAGCUGCCUCUGAACCUAUCUAAAGCGAGCUGGCAGCACAUCUGUGUGAGCUGGACCCAGAAAGGUGGAGCAUGGCAGGCCUUCCAGGGAGGAAAGCUGAGGGGUGAGGGCCAUGGACUGGCCCCUGGACAUCACAUCAGACCUGGGGGACAACUAGUCCUUGGGCAAGAGCAGGACACGUUAGGUGGAGGUUUUGAUUCAACCCAGGCUUUGGUCGGAGAGCUGUCUCAGGUGGGCCUCUGGGAUCGGGUUCUGUCUUCUGCCCAGGUUGCCAGCUUGGCUCGAUGCAGCAGAGUAACCCAGGGUAUUGUGGUCCCCUGGAACGAAAACGGCGUUGAAGUUUACGGCGGAGCCACCAAAGACCCAGGAGAGCCUUGUAGUAAACACAGCAAAACCCUCAGUGACUGAUAAAGAAUGGAGGGAAAAGAUUAAUUCUAUCCAGUAUAAUCGCUGAGUCAGAAUGUGACUAAGACAAUAAAUGAGGCAUCAAGGGAAAUAAUAUUUGUUCAUAUUGACGUAAAGCGGGUACAGAGUUUGCAGUAACUUCAUAAUCUUAACUGGAUCUCCAGAGAUUUUAUGAAGGUAAAAAGAUGCUUUCCAGCAUAAUAAAAAAUGUCUACAUAAAUAUAACAGAAUAGUUGAUAUUGUUUAAUUAGGUGAAAACAGAAUCACAAUUUUCAAUAAAUUCUUCUAAAUAGCUACUGGUUUACUAUUCAGACAGCCACAAAGUGAGUCAAAUAUUUUAAUAUUUAAAAUCUUCACUGUAGUUUUCAGAUUUAAAAUAUAAUUAUCAAGAAUUUUGUCACUUUUUUAAAGUAAAAGAGGUAAGCUACUGAAAAAGCAUUAUAGUCAGCACCUUUCAAUCAAGUUAAUUGUAGCGUGCCAAUGCUAACGUUAGCCCGCUUAUGUUAAUUUCAGGCUUAUUAAAAUCUCUGAGCAUAGUAAGAGUUUCGCCUGCCUGAUAAGUGAGAUUAUAUAAAUAACUAGGAAAAUGUGAAAACAAAUUUUAUUUUAACCCACUUUAAACAAAAUAACCGUAAAGCAAAAAUAAAAAAUGUAAACUGA